GGGAACGACUACUUCGCGGCGUCGAUUCACCGAAUCGUAGCGAGAAUUUACGCCUCUCGCUGACGCGUUUUCCUCGCGACCGCGUCCCUCCGCGAACGGUCGUAACAUACUCCUUAUCGAGCAUUUUUGAAAAUAUAAUUGAGAAAGUGGAAUCUGGAUAGAAAAUUGUUUUACCUACGAAGCAUUAUAAAAAUCCUCCCGUUGGCCGCGGAUUCGUUAUCAAGCCUGAGACCCUCGUCACUAGUGUCACUAUCGACAAUAAAGGUACCCCACCCGCGACCGGACGAUGGAGAACUCCAACACGGAAUCGCAAUCUCCCGCGAGUCCUGGCCGGGAGGGCGCCUCGAGCUCGGACUCGGAAUGUGACUCGAGCUCGGCCUGCUCAUGAGCGACCACCCCCUGAAAAACAGCGCACUGUAUUCUGCCCUAAACCGUGCCCUAGAGGGUCCGGCAGCGUAUUGGCUUACGCAGAUAAUGAACGGCGACGAGCUCACCUGGCCAGAUUUUAAGGAACAAUUCGCCGCGCACUUCGGUGGCCAAGAAGUAGCAGCCGCGUCGCUAAUCAAGGUAGCCGAGGAACUACCGCGGGACGGCGAAACACCAGGAGCGUACGGAAAUCGUAUCAUCACCCUCCUGGGGUCGAAGUGGCGAAAUUCAACCAGGGAAGAGGUACUCGCCGCCACCGCCCUCCAUCUGCUGGGCUCGCGCGAUGAACGUUUUAAACGACUAGCGCUCACGAGUGACAUCACGUCGGUGAAACAAUUCCAAAGAGAAAUGAAGCCCUUCCUAUACACGGAGUGGCCAACGCCCCCGCCGUGGAGGUCAUUAGCGAGCUCCGGAAACAAACGAGGCAGAUCACCCGCCCCCUGGACCAGGUGUGGCCACUGCGGUAUUUACGGACAUCCGACAUUCGAAUGCCGCAAGAGGGCGAAGUGGGAACCGAAGAAGGACCCUCGACGCCCGGAGGAAAGCCGACCGGCUGCUCCACCAAAAGCGUUGUGCUUUCACUGCCACAUGCCGGGACACAUCGCGUCUCGCUGUCCAUCGCGGCGAGAAGAAAAACAUUGCCCCGAGGACGAGCGCCGGGUCGAUGCCUGCGUGGUGGAAGCCCCGACGGGUAGACUAAGCCAGCAGGCCACACACGAGGACGUGUAAGUGUCAGGAUGGCCGAGUCGGAGACGAAAGGACGCCGGGGCCCCUCUGGAACUUCAGGACAACACCCUAGCCUUGCAACCUAGAGCCGAAUAUAGCCAUAACGAAACAAUCGCAAGUAUCCAAACCGAUAGCAAUCGUAGCAAUUUGAAGCAAGGUGAGUAACUGAUGAGAUGACUUUGCAUUUGUCUCACCACAGAGACAGACGUUCAAGAAUUCAUUGUGAAAAGACGAGUACAAACAAGAUACGUAUGUCUUUCCGUUAAGCGAAUGUUACAGUUUGUUUGCAAAAGUCAGUUUUUAGAUUAUAGAAUCGUAGAUAGAAUUUAGAGGAUAGAAACUUUUAGUAGUCACUUUUAGUUUAGUAAAGUCUUAUCGACAAUAAGCAGACUACGUUAUGAUACAACGAUUCCAACUGAAGAUUUCUAUCGACAUCACGAAUUCGAUGGCUUCCAAAUUUUCUUCUCUGCAAUCUCAGACGCUCAACUCGAAAGAAUCUUUUAGAUCCCCCGACAAACACUCGACUCAGGUUAUCUAUUAUCGUAA